AUAAGGAGUAGAGGAAGAAAAGAUUGAAGGUGAAACGAUAUGGACUCAAUUUCCUAUAAAGCAAAACCAAUUACUACUACACACUGAGCGAACAAAACAAAGACAUGGAAAAAGUGUUGGGAAGAGAAAAUGCGGAACACGCCCAAACACGUAACAGUUUGAAGUCUGUUGUAGCAUUGGCACUCUGUUUCGGAGCAAUUCAUUUUAAUCUUGCUUUCAUACUCUUCUCUCUCUUCUUCCUUCCACUCUCAUUAUCACCUUGGGUUAUUGCCUUUCUGAUGCUCUUUACGGUGCUUCCUGUGGACAAGAAUAGUCUAUUGGGCCUUAAAUUAUCCAGAUUCAUAUGCAAACAUGUCUGCACUUAUUUCCCUAUCACACUUCACGUAGAGGACGCAGAAGCUUUCCAUCUUAAUCGAUCUUAUGGAAAAAAAGAGUUGAUAUCACCAUUUCCUUAUCAACCAUUUUGGAGUCUCGAUGAGGGCUGUUCCAAGUUUAACUUGUAUAUCAGAAUUAGAAUGUUUUUUUGCUAUGAGCCACAUUCAGUUUUUCCAUUUGGCUCUUUUGCGCUUCAUAACAACACAGGCUUUAUGCGUAUUCCAAAAAUAAGAUUUCUUGUUAGCAGCGCGGCUUUCUACAUACCAUUUUUGAGACAAAUAUGGACAUGGUUGGGGUUUUCAUCAGUCACCAAGCAAAAUGUUAUUUCUUUGUUGGCAUCUGGCUAUAGUUGCAUCAUAGUACCCGGUGGAACACGAGAAACACUUUUUAUGGAGCAUGGUUGUGAGAAUGUAUAUCUUAAAGAAAGAAGAGGAUUUGUCCGACUAGCAAUGGAGAUGGGUCACCCCCUUGUUCCAGUUUUUUGCUUUGGCCAGACAAAUAUUUAUAAGUGGUGGAAAGCUCCUGGUAAGUUAAUUCAGAGUAUAGCAAGGUCUAUGAAGAUUUUUCCAUUGAUAUUUUGGGGAAGAUUUGGAACUCCUGUACCAUUCAAGAAUCCAUUGUACGUGGUAGUGGGUAGACCAAUUCAGCUAGAGAAAACUCCUCAACCAACCAGCGAUCAGGUUGCCAAAGUACAUAGUGAGUUUAUUGAAGCACUUCAAGAUCUUUUUGAACGACACAAGGUUCAAGCUGGAUAUGAAAACCUUGAGUUGAAAAUUGUUUGAAAAAAACAGAAUAAAAUCACAUAUUUGAAUCGGUUAAUGUAUUUAUUUUGUACUCUGUUUUUUUAACAACCCAAUUUUCAAAUAUAAUUAUUUUGACAAAGUUAGUUAUAACUACUCUCAACAUAUGUUGUUGUAACUCAAGGAAUUUCGGGAAUGUAUUUGUGUUUGAUUCAA